AUGGGUGAAGCAUGCGUCGGCCUCUUGGGAGGGUGGAUGGUGGAGCUCGUGGACGCAGAGCGUACCCACGGCGUUUUGGCAGCCGUCAAGUUCCUAGCGCGCAUGGGCCGAUGGGGGCUUGGGCUGCUAGCAAAGCUGAUUCAAGAGGGUGAGAAGGAUGCGGCAGCUGCCGCGGCGGCCGCCCCGGCAAAGCGCGGGCGGCUGACGGUGCUGGUUUGCAUCUGCGAGCACCUGCUGCAGAGCGGACAGGUAUUGACAGCCGUGAGUCUUGCAACUGCGAUGGUCAGGCGAGGAGAUGCGCCGAUUGUGGCAGAUCUGCUGACAUCACUUUUGCAUGAGGGAAAAUUGGAGGAUGCCAGGGACAUCUAUGCCCUGCUCAUCUCCAAAGGGCACGUGGAUGAGAUUGCGCUUGUCAGCCUGUGGAUGGUUCGCUCUGGGCAUGCGAAGGAGGUUGCCCAAAUCACAGCUUCCCUCGUGGACUUAGGUGGCCUUGCACUAGCCUGCCAGGUCAAAAAUGGCAUGGUUGUCCUUGGAGAGGCCCUAGCUGGCUCCCCCUGUCAUGAGCUUGUCAGGCUCGGUCGACCGGAUGUGGUUGCGCGAAUGGUGACUGAGUUUGUCAACUUGGGGCAAACUGAGGUGGUCUGCAAGUGCUUCAAGGACCAAAUGGAGCAUCACGGGGCGCUGAGUCAAGUUUUCCUGGCCAUCGCCAAAAUGGGCCGGCCUGAUGUCAUCGCCAAGGUGACGUCAUCCCUCGCCCCUGAUGUCAUCCCAGAGCUAGAUUCCAGGCUGAUGGACUGUGGGGGCGCACGCCUGGCGGCACACUGCACACUCAGCAUGAUAAAAGAGUGCCACCCCUGGGUGGCGGCCGUGACUAAGGUCGAAAUGGUGCUCCUGGGGGAUUCGCAGAAAGUGGCGGACUUGGAAGUCAUGCUCUACGAGGCAGGCGAGGAGGAGGCUGCGGUACAGUGCUCGUUGCUGAUGCUGCGGGCGGGCUUUGCGUCCGAGUGGGCCUUAGUCAUGGAUGCGCUGAAGAGGAUGGGGCAUGUGGAUGUUGUCGCCUCCCACCUGGCAAACUUAGUCACCACCGGACGGCCUCAACUGGCAGCUGAAGGAGCUCGUGCUCUGGCACAGACUCUGCCCGCUGAGAGGGUGGCACAAGUGGUGCAGCAGAUGGUCGAAAUGGGAAAUGAGGAAGCUGUUGCGCUGCUGCUUGCUGAGCUGUCGCACAGCGCACUCAGCGUGGCGUGGUCCACCGUAGUGCACCUUGUGGAACAGGCGCUGGCAGCCCGGACUGAUGUCAUCGCGCUGCUGGAAUUACUAAGGGAUGCCGGCGCGCGGAUUCUGCCGGAGGUCUGGCACCGGGUGACCAGCCGUUACAUCCACAAAAAUCCCCCGGACGUCAUUGAAUCCCCCAAGCACUCGGAGGAGGCAACGCCGCCUGUCGACCCGGCCGCCACGUCAGCCGCUGCAGCCGCCACAGAUCCGGAAAUGCUACGGGCCAGGAGCCUCUCAGCUGAGAUGGCAGCUUCUGUGAGUGCUUGUAAGCGGGCAGGGCGCUGGUGA